AUGUUCUUCGGAGUCAGAUCUGGACUGAAAAUCCGUCUAGGCGUUUUGUUGAUCGUUGACGUUCUUGUUAUGGGUGUGACUCAAGCGUAUUUCCGUUUGUACCACUUUCUCACGCCUUUCCCAGAGCACAGAGACAGAACGAAAUCUGGAGCAAAAGGUAGAUCUGAAGUUGAAGUAGCUCCCGUGUUUAAUUCUGUUCCUAAGAAGCUUCAACGACCAAGCCCUCACCUGCAUUUCGUGCUAAUGGAAAUGGAAGGGCUUAUGUCUGUAAACAACUGCUUGAUGGGUGAAAACGGCAAAAUCGUGGCCGCAUUUCCCAUCUCAAGAUGUGUUAUCCUCGACACAGGCAGUGGUCAGAUCAAACGAAUGGGAGGGCCCAACAAGGUAAACCAGUACUUGGGCCUGGACAUAGGAUUCAGGAGUAAUGGUGGAGCUGAAGCUGCGGUGACCCCUCUCUCCCUCGGAAUAGAAUCUCACACUCUCUCCCUCGGAAUAGAAUCUCACGGGGAUGUCAUGAAAGUCGUAGUCCCGCGGAACACGACUCUGUCCACCCAGAAGGAGCACAUUCUCCACAUUAAUGAUAACCAGACAUAUGUGGACUUCCCGGUAUACGAGGGCGAACGGGCGAGGUCAAAAGACAACAACCUGCUCGGGAAGUUCAGAGUGGAUGGGGUCCCACCUGCCCCGCGGGGAAUGCCCAAGCUUGAUGUCUGCUUCAAAAUUGACAUCGACGGCAUACUGAAUGUGUCCGCCAAGAAGAGGUCGACGGGCAAUAUGAACGGGAUCACUAUAACCAACGAAAAAGGGAGGCUAUCAAAAGAGGAGAUUGAUAGGAUAGUGUGGGAGGCUGAGAAGUACAUUGGCCUACUCAGUCUUGACUAUACCAUUUAUUAUCAACAGAUUACCUACUUCUCUUUUGGAGUGGAAAUCACUCUUUUGAGAGAGUAUGAUAGGCAACCAACCUAUGCUAGACUUAGGAUCCAUUUCAAUAAGCAUGCAGUUGCAUUAGACGAAUCUUUGCUUUGUGUGCCGUCACUUAACAUCUGGGCAGAAGGGAGAAUCAAGCCACCUUGGAUUCUUAUUGUAGUCAUGGAAGGGGUUUUCCUUUGUUUCCUUACUAGAUGCUCCUGUGUUGAAAAUAUUUGGGUGCAGUCGAAUUCUUUGGCUUGGAGAUUUGAAUUACCAAAUAGUGUUGCACUACCGUUGGCCAAAGCACUCACUGGAACGCAAAACUGGAGACAAUUACUCAAAAAAGACCAACUGCUGAUCAAGCAGAGGCAUGGCCGGGUUUUUGAUGGAUGGAAAGAAACGAAGUUCUAUCUCCCACCAACAUACAAAUGCACUCAGACAAGUCAGACAGAUAUUCCGGACCCCGGUGACGAUUUGCACCCGAAAUAGAAAAAAGAGCUCCUGCAUGGUGGGCUCACACCCCUAUAUUUUAAAAUACCAAUAUUCAAGGGAAACAAUUUAAAUCAGUGUAUACUGUUUUCUCUUUUAACUCUUGAGGCAUGUGCUGAUCUGGAUAACUAUUAUUACAUGUACAACUAGGUGUGAUCAGAUUUUGUGGUAUGGGAAUCAGAUUUUGUGGUAUGGAAUGGCCUUCAGAGACCACUUCCAUUUGAACUCACUGUUUUUGCUUGCUGUCAACUGGUCCUUGUUACUGCAAGUUACCUCUAUGUUGGCUUCCAAAAUUACCCCUCAUGACAAUUGCUUUAAAGAAACUCAACCUGAAGACCGAAGGGGACAUCUUUUUGCCCAUUCACAGAGAAGGCUUCGUGCUCCUCUACCAGACUUCGACAACAAGAACUCCAAAAAACAUCAAGACAGGAAAUCCAAUUCCAGCCAUCUCUUCCCCACAAAUCACGGUGAUAAGAUACACUUGAGGAAAGCCUCUGACCUAAUGUUGGCAGGUGGCAAAAUAUGGGACACUGAAUUGAUAUUGAAAACUUUUAACCCCACUGAUGCUGCCAACAUCCUGAAAAUUCAUAUAAGUCAAAGGAGCCCCAAGGACAAGCUGAUCUGGCAAUCUGACAGGAAAGGAAUUUUCUCUGUCAAAAGAAGCUUAUAAUUUGACAAGCUUAAAGGUGAUCCAACAGCACAACAAAGUGAAGAUGGGAAAUGAGGGAUCCAACAGAGACAGAGGAAAGAAAAUUGAACAUCUCUAGAAGAAGACUUGGCAUCUACCUAUAAAGCCAAAGGUUAGGAAUUUUCUUGGAACCAACAAGUUGGAGCCUGAAAUGUGUAGCUUUUUAUGAUGGAGAGGAGUUGGCUAUGUUCUCAGUUCAUGCAGAUUCACAGAGAAAUCAUCCUUGGGGAAUCCCCGCUGCUUCAAACCAAGGAAUGGUCGUUGCUUGGAGAGAAACAAGGAUGGAAAAAUGUUGAUAUCUUUGUUAGGAGUGAAAGCCUAAGGAAGCAUUUAAAAAACAGAGGUGUCUUUGAUUGUACUAUUGUUGUGGUAGCUACUGACAUUUUUUCUCUUGCUUCUGUGUUUGUUUCUGUUUCCUUUCUUCCUGUUUCUUAGGCUUUGGUUUGGUUUUGUUCUUUGAUGGGGUUGGCCAUGUAGGGGAGCUCUUUUUGAGCUAUUCCUUUUCUUUCGUGUAAUCUGUUGGUUAUUCCUUUGUACAUUGAAAUGUUAUUCUAUUCAAUUUGAUGUUUGGUAUUUAUAAAUAAAAAA